UUAGCCACGUGGUGCAAGGAGUUUGCAGAUUUCAGUAAAAUGGCAGAGCAGCAGCAGAGGAGACAGAGACUGCCCAAAUUCAGCUCAGAUGAGCUGGAAGUACUGAUUGCUGAGGUGACCGCACAUAGGGAUCAACUUUUCGGUCGUGCCCACAGACUGUCGCAGGGAGAGCGUGAUAAGAUAUGGCAAAAUAUCACUGCCAAAGUCAAUGCAGUCUCACAGGUCAAACGGUCUGUAAAGGCCAUCAAGACCCGUUGGGAUGACCUUAUGCGGCGCACUAAAGAGGUCGCCCAUUUGGCCCGAGAGGCACGUCAAAUUCAAGUAGAACCUUGUGGAGCAGAAGAUCUGAUCCCAGAGGAAUGGAGAGUCCAUCAGAUCAUGCACCCUCAGUCAAUACUGUGGAUGGGUGGACUGGAUCCUGCAGACUUUCCAUACUGGAGGGCAAUAAAGGAAGAAGGAAGAUCCUAUGCAGAGAAAGCUGGUCCCUCGAGAGGACAACUCAUUUGCAAUGAGGAUGGAGCAAGAAGUUGGACACCAGCCUCAGAAUCUCCCCCUACUCCUAAUAUGCCACCCUCACUAUCAGAGACAUACUUUCCCAAAAGGGGCCCAUGCCCACCUUCCAAUGCCAAAUUAGUGAAUGAAUUUGAUAGGCAACUGCUUGAAUCUCAAAACCAGCAGACUGCAUUCUUGAGAGAUUUUUGGGUAGAAUUCCAGCCCCUUAUGCGGGAUCUCAUACAAGCAACCCGGGAGUUAGCUCAUGAAACCCACUUAGUUGCUGAGCAUACCCAUCAGGUGGCCCAGCAGACCAAGGGAGUGGCUGACAACACCAGAGAAUUGGUGCUACAAAACCAACAGUUACUCCUUCACACCCGGGAAAUGGCACAAAACGUCUCAGAGAUGCAUCUAUCCUUGCAGCGGCAUUUCCCUCAAACAUCUCCUGAACUAUCAAGGCUCAUGAGGUCUGUGCUUGAAGAGCCAAUCCACAAAACAAGUUCAGAAGACCACUCUCCCACACACCCUCCUCAGUCUCAGAGUCUAGGACCUUCCACAGUGCAGCAACCUGAAGCACUUUGUUUUGCAUUAAGAAGGAGGAAGUCCAGGACCCCUGAAAAGAAAAGACGAUUAGUCUGAGGAAGAAGUCUGACAUAGACUACAAUAUCUCAAAUGAAGAUGUUUAAAUCUUUAAUGUAUAUUUUUAAAUAUUUUGUUAUAUUUUUGAA